GUGGGCGGAGUUAGAGAGAGCGGAGAGAAAGCGGGUUUGAAUAGUUACAGCAACGGAAAUAUUGAGCAUUGUAAGACAACUUCAUUUUAUUUUCUGUUAUUUUAACUAUCUCCUUCAGAGUUUACUCGAAGGGACCUCGAAGCGCGGAGAGCUUGGAAAAGAAACCGGGCCGAAAAGAGCUUUGUUGGCUUUGUUUAGCGAGCUUGCCGGUAUCGGAGGUGAAGCGACGCCUCUUUCAUAGCUUUAGUUAGCCGAGUUAGCUUAGCUUAGUUUAGCUUAGCUAACUGCUAAUCUACACCCGACGGCUUCGUUUACAGUCUGAGCCCCGAAUAUCUGAGUGUUUCAUGUGGACUAGACUUCUGAAGGUAUGACAAACACACGGAAGCGCCGUGUGGUUACAGCUGGAGUAGCGAAAUCAGGGAAACCAUGGGCUUGACUGGGAAGAAAUCGGAGAAAGGCCCAGUGUGCUGGAGGAGGAGAGUGAAGUCCGAGUACAUGCGCUUACGCCAGCUGAAACGCUUCAGAAGAGCAGAUGAGGUUAAGAGCAUGUUCAACUCCAACAGACAGAAGAUUAUAGAGCGCACGGACAUUCUCAAUCAGGAGUGGAAACUACGGCGGAUUCAGCCAGUGCACAUCAUGACGCCCGUGAGCUCGUUACGUGGAACGAGAGAGUGCACAGUAGAUAGUGGCUUUGCAGAGUUCUCCAGACAAGUCAUUCCUCUUAAAACCUUGAAUGCUGUAGCUUCUGUACCUGUGAUGUAUUCCUGGUCACCACUCCAGCAAAAUUUCAUGGUUGAAGAUGAGACUGUUUUGCACAACAUCCCUUAUAUGGGAGACGAGAUCCUGGACCAGGAUGGCACUUUUAUUGAAGAGCUUAUUAAAAACUACGAUGGCAAAGUUCAUGGAGAUAGAGAAUGUGGCUUUAUAAACGAUGAGAUCUUUGUGGAGUUGGUGAACGCUCUCAAUCAGUACAGUGACAAUGAAGACGAUGACGACGAAGAGGACCAGCAUGAUUACAAAUUAGACAACUGUGACGCAAAAGACCUUGCUGAAGAUCCUCGCAAGGACCAGCUUCUUAACUCUGCGAGUCGAAGCAGUGACUUUUCAAAAAAGUUCCCGUCUGAGAAAAUCUUUGAUGCCAUCUCCUCUAUGUUCCCUGAUAAAGGAUCACCAGAAGAGCUCAAAGAGAAGUAUAAGGAGCUGACUGAGCAGCAGCUCCCAGGCACCCUUCCCCCUGAGUGCACGCCCAACAUCGACGGCCCAAACGCCAAAUCGGUCCAGAGAGAGCAGAGCUUGCACUCCUUCCAUACGCUCUUCUGUCGGCGUUGCUUCAAAUACGACUGCUUCCUUCACCCUUUUCAUGCAACUCCAAACACAUACAAACGCAAGAACUUAGAGAAUAUGGUGGACAGCAAGCCAUGUGGCAUUGAUUGCUACAUGUACCUGGUUCAAGACAGCAUGGUGAAGGAGUAUGCAGCUGGUGUGGUGGCUGAGCGAGCAAAAACCCCGCUGAAGCGUUCAGCAACCAGACGCAGGGGCAGAAUUGCCAACAGCAGCAGCAGGCCAAGUACACCUACAGUGAACACGGAGACUAAAGACACGGACAGCGACCGAGAGGGAGGGACCGACACCAACGACAGCAACGAUAAAGACGAUGAGGACAAGAAGGAUGAGACUACUAGCUCUUCAGAGGCGAAUUCCCGCUGCCAGACUCCUGUGAAACUGAAGAUCCCCGAUCCUCCUGAGAGCGUGGACUGGAGUGGUGCAGAGGCCUCCCUUUUCCGCGUCCUCAUUGGCACUUACUACGACAACUUCUGUGCCAUCGCUCGCCUCAUUGGCUCUAAGACCUGCAGACAGGUAUAUGAGUUCAGGGUAAAGGAAUCCAGCAUCAUUGCACGUGCACCUGCUGAAGAUGAAGACACACCUCCGAGAAAGAAGAAGAGGAAACACAGGUUGUGGGCUACACACUGUCGAAAAAUCCAGCUAAAGAAAGAUGGCUCGUCCAAUCACGUCUACAAUUACCAGCCGUGUGACCAUCCGAGGCAGCCAUGUGACAGUUCCUGCCCCUGUGUCACUGCUCAAAACUUCUGUGAGAAGUUCUGCCAGUGCAGCUCAGAGUGCCAGAACCGUUUCCCGGGCUGCCGCUGCAAGGCUCAGUGUAACACAAAGCAGUGUCCGUGUUACCUGGCCGUGCGUGAGUGCGACCCCGACCUCUGUCUUACCUGUGGAGCUGCUGAUCACUGGGACAGCAAAAAUGUCUCAUGCAAGAACUGCAGCAUUCAGAGAGGAGCCAAGAAGCACUUACUAUUGGCACCAUCUGACGUGGCGGGAUGGGGCAUCUUCAUCAAAGAGCCGGUUCAGAAGAACGAGUUCAUUUCGGAGUACUGUGGAGAGAUCAUCUCCCAGGACGAGGCUGACCGCAGAGGAAAGGUCUAUGACAAGUACAUGUGUAGUUUCUUGUUCAACCUCAACAACGAUUUUGUUGUUGACGCAACUAGGAAAGGCAACAAGAUCAGGUUCGCCAAUCACUCCGUCAACCCCAACUGCUAUGCAAAAGUUAUGAUGGUUAAUGGGGAUCACCGAAUAGGCAUUUUUGCCAAGAGAGCCAUACAAACCGGGGAGGAGCUUUUCUUUGACUACAGAUACAGUCAAGCUGACGCUCUCAAGUAUGUGGGCAUCGAACGUGAAAUGGAAAUUCCAUGAAUCCGUCUACCUCUGGAACAAAUGCCUUACGCUCUUCAGGAAUUUUCUGUCCACAUGCCGUUUCAAUACGUUUCAAUACUGGGUUUUUUUUUUUUUUUUUUUUUUUUUUUUUUUUUUUUUUAAAAUAUAGGACAAGGUGAUCUGCCAACUCGGAUAUUUCUAGUAGUUUUUUAUACUUCAGUCUUUUUCUGACGUUAUUUUUCUCGACCAACAGGCCUACUCUGGGAAUUCACUUUUUAACAGCAACUUGAAUAUUCACUUGUUUACAGCUUCAAGUUUAGUAGAGAUCCGUCAGUCUAACGGGCUGUUUGUUUUCCGGUUUUCCGAACUUUUUAUUAGAUUUUUCGUCUCUCGACUUUUGGACCAAACCGACAGUGAACCACAUGUUCAGCACCAGUUUAUUAGGUACUAAAUCUGUAUAUGGGCUGAUUUAUACUGGGUUUGCAAAACUGCAGACAUCGUGCACAAAUAAUUGCACACAAUAUGAGCGAGUGCACCCAGGGUCGGUGGUGCAUGUCCAAAAAAUAUAUAAAAAAAGAGUUCCAAGGGUUUGGAUUUCACUGUAGUACAGAGGCGGCGAAGUAACUGCGAAAUAUGGAGAUAUUUUGCUGUUCACGCUGUACUUUUUACCUUUGGGACAAAUAUUAUGCUAAAAUUUCUCUCUUACGCUAAACCCACACUUUUUCUUUUAUUUUUUUCCCCAGAGAAUUCACUAUUCCUACUCGUUAUUUUGUAAUAAUUUGCAGACGAUCGUAUAAGUAGGGUAUACAGCACUUGGGGAGGUGCUGUUCUAGGAAAUACUCAACAUUGGGGUGAUGUAGUGCUGCCUGACAUGAAGAGGAUUUACUGUUACUACCCUGAAGUUGAAUAUUUUCCAGAAAAUAGCAUGCGCCAAAGUGUUUUAUUCCUCUAGUACUACUGCAGUUUGCUAGUCAUGACCAUUUAAAAAAAAAAUUUAUUUAUUUGUAUCACGUUGUACAUUUUAGUCAUUUAUAUUUGCAGCUAAUGUUGUGGAACCAUGUAAGUUAAUUCCUGUUAUCAUUUGUUACAGCAGCUAUGAAUAGUCGUUCCAUCCCCAGCCUGUGAGGGUAAUAGGUCAAAAAACAAAAAACAGCUAGUCAUUAGUGAGAAACCGGAAAGUAUAAAGUCCUGAAGGGUUCCCAAAACAACAACAACAAACAACCACCGCCGGUCACAAAGCGCUGGCACUCGAGACUCCUUCCAUGAACCCUUUCACACGCAUGCCCGCAUGCAUCCCGAUGUAUCCGUAUAAAUCAGCCCUGCCUAAUAAACCGGAGACGCACUAUCCUCCACCCGUCUUCAUCAAGUCGUGGUGUUUUUGAUCCAUAUGAAAACCAAAGUCACUUUCUCUGCUUGUCUGUCAUCACAAGCAUCUACAGUGGUAUCAUGUACUUUCUGGAGUGCCAACGCAUCCAGUUUCUGUAAAAUAAAUGAAAAACGUAAGUAUUUAAAAAAAAAAGAAAAGAAAAAAAAAAAAGGAAGAAAAACAUGUAUAGAUACAGUAUCUAACUUGCGGUGCCUUGAAAUUACACUGAAUUGUUUAGUUGUCCUAUAAUGUCGGUGAUUGUGUGUUGAGUUUGUUGUAAGCAUGAACAAAGAUUUCAAAUGGAGUCAGGGAACUUUUCAAUGUUUGUUUUUGUUAUUUUUUACAAAUCUCCACGUCGUUUGAGCAGCUUUUUGCCAGACCAUCACUGUAGGUAGGAAAAGUUUGGACAGUCAGUAAGGUCUUCCUGUUGUUAACUAUUGGGUCAUCCACUAUGUACUGGCACAGGUUUUUGUUUGUUUGUUUGUUUGUUUGUUUGUUUUUUAAAUGGGUCAUUCUUUAAAUUUUUUUUUUAAAAGUCACAAGGGCACAAGUCAGUCGAUAACGUGCUCAAUCAUUCUCCUAAUAAUUCAAUUUAAAAAAAAAAAAAUUCUGGAAGAAAUUGGCUGCUAUGUUUGAGUAUGGAUUAAUGAUUUAUUAUACUGUUAAGCCAUUGAUUUAUUUAUAGCAGGUGUAUUGAGCACCACCUUUAGAGCCGUACUUUAAAGCUAUAGUCCCCCUUUCAGUGUUUCUUCCAGACCACGUGCCUAGACCAGAAUGACCGAAUGCUAAGGCAGUGAAAGAGACACUUCCUUCUCCUGAUGUUUGGAUGCUAGUAGGUUGAUCAUUUGUUCUUUCUCUCUCUCGAGCUUUGGGGCAUCGCAGAGAUUAGAAUCUCUUCUCUGAUCCGACCGUUUUAUUUAUUUAUUUUAUUUUUUCUUAUAUAACUGCUGAGAGGAAAAUUUAAAUCACUUUAGGGAAUGAAGUAACAGAUUAAGAAUUUAGCCAUGAGCCACGGAGUCGGUGUUAACUGAGGAAAUUUGGUAAAAAUGUAAUCUACUGCUUUUACUGUGACGUUAUAAAUAGUUACUUGCAUAACAGGUUGUCAAAAUGCAUGAGGGUCUGUGAUUUUUCUCUUCUUCUUCUUCUUCUUUUUUUUUUUGUUAGUGUUGGAAAUGACAACCUACCAUUAUGAAAGUUAUUAUAUUUAUUGCGAUUAGCCUGUUUUGACUGGACGCUUGAAUCGAACGGUUUUAUUUAAACCCUAGUAACUUCAAAGGAAGUCCUAUACAUAAUAUAAACGUGGAUCUGAUGUCGGCGGGGAACCGAACAAUAAAAAGCUCCAUGCUUCUAAUAAAUAGGCAGAAUGUUUGUUAUUAUUCACGUUUUAGUAAUGUCCCCGCCUGAGUUUGAGACCCUCUGGACUAUAUCAAUGAUGGUAAUCAAUAAUGUAACAGUAUAAUGAAUGAUUAUUAUGCAAUGCUUAAUGUUAACUUACUGGAAUUUUUUCAAAUUUUUGGGGAGAAUGAAAGGUGAACGGUGCUAAUCUAAUGGUGUGACGUCAAGGCUGCAUGGUGAACGUGGCUCUGUAUAAAUAUAAAUUAAAUAUAAAUUAUAUAUAUAUAAAAAGGGUACUUAAAACCACACCUUAGGUGUGAGAGUUUUCCUGCUAAAACAAGUCCAAACAUGUUGGAUGACCCAUGAAAUCCAGUCCAGCUGAAUAUUAAUAGAAGAAGUUGUGAUAAAACCGCAGCAAUAAGAUCCGCCUCAAAUCACCCGCAUGUGAAGAUCUUUAACAGUCACUAUUUAUAUUCGCAGACUCUGAAAGUAGGUUUGGCUUUUCUGUAAUUUAUUAAAACUUUGCUGUGAUUUGCCAAGUAAAACUCUUGACGGUUUGCUCAGUGCGAGUUUGAGAACUCCUCACCAGCAUGUUUCUUCUGAGACAUUCAAUCUUUCGGUCUUUUUUUUUUUUUUAAUUUUCUUUCCCUGAGGGUUUGUGACCACUCUGUUUCUCUCUGCCUCUGAUUGUACAAGGUGCUGGUUUGUAAUGUUUACAGAUAAUAUUGUUGAAAGUAAUAAACAAAACUAAAAUAA